AUGGGUGCUUUCAAACAGGAGAGCGACGGCGCGUCCGAGGGUCGCGAUGCGGGCAGCGCGCAGGCGGGCAGCUCUGACGCAGCGAGAGCAGCCCGGAAGAGGACAAAGACGGGAUGUCUCACGUGUCGAAAACGCAGAAUCAAGUGCGAUGAAGGCAAACCCGUAUGCAAAAACUGCAUGAAAUCAAAGCGCCAAUGUGAAGGUUACAACCAGCGUGUUGUCUUCAAGCCGGCUGAUUUCCAAUAUCUACCUCACGGCGGUGCAACCAUAACAUUCGACGCUGGACUUAACGGCAUUCCUAACGAGCACAGCCAUCAUGGAGCAUAUCCUCCACAUCCCGGCUCUCAGCCACGCUCGCUCUCUGUCGCGUCGCAGAUGUCACAACAGUAUGGGCCAGUUGGUGAUGCUAUGGACCAUCAGCGUUCACCGCCCAUAACUCAACAUCCAGGUUUCGAUCCGAUUCUCCAUGGCAUGUCUCAGCAUCAAACACGAUUCGAACAAUCUCCGGACACGAAACCAUUUCUGGAUAGGAGUUCGUCAUUCUCUCAUGGCAUUCCGGUUGACAGUGGUCCACCAAACCCAGCCAUGUAUCAAUCUAUUCCGGAGGUUUCACCGUACAUGGAACAAUAUACUACCACUGGUUGGCAGCAGGAUGUUCAAGGCCAUUUCACACCAGUACUCUGGUCUAAUGCAUAUGUUACCGACGAUCAACAGCCAAUAGGCGUCCCACAUCAAUGGCACGGAGAAGGAUUCAUCAGUCCAAACGUACCGGAACCAACUCCAACACCGCCAGGAGGCCCAUCAUAUGGAUAUGGAGUAACCAUGGAGCAACCACGUCUAAGACAACCCCAAGCACCACCAAGAAACGUCCCGGAUGUGACUAACAAUGUUCCCCUACAAACACAGCUUGGUCGGAAUGGAGUUCUGGAUGAGGCAGCCAUCGAAGUUCAUGACGAGGACUAUUAUGAUGUUGACACGGAGGACGAAAUGUUUGACAUGGAUACUGAAUUUGAAGCACAAAAUAUCCACGGAUCAAAGACACAGACUCACGACCAGCCCAAAUAUGGACUUGAUGCGGCCAGGAUGGAUGCUCGGCACUUCGAUACUUUCGUGUUCAGCGGUGCCAUGGACAGCUACCGACCUGAGCAUGUUGCGAAUCCACUGAAAAAUCCAGCCACAGCCAGGGUGUUUGCGCAUUUCAUGUCGGAAACUGCGACGAUAUUGACCACUUCGGCAAGACAAAUCUGGCGGCUGAAUCCUUCGUCUUCUGACAGCAAGGCGAUGCCAAUGGUACGGAAGUGUAUCUGGACUCACACUUUGCCCAUGGCAGCGUUGCACCAUCAAGGUCUUCUGCAGUCCAUGCUUGCAAUAUCGAGUCUACAGAUAGCCAAGAUUCAGAACGCGUCCGAAACACCCUCGCUCAAGCACUACGCAUAUGCGCUAAAGAGGAUUCACAAUUGUGUCGGUAAUCCGAAGAAGAGGCUUUCGGUCCCCGUUUUCGCCGCAUCGUUAUUGCUUGGUUACUACGAAUGCAUGGCUGCUAAUCAUGCUAAUUGGCAAAGUCAUCUCAACGGUGCCCGCCAGUUAGUGGUAGAAAUGGACUUCGCUGGUAUGACCAAAACAUUCAAGCAGAUGAAGGCUGUGAAGGCACGACAAGAUCAGCAGAUGCCGCGGUUCUCGGCCACUGGUAUCCCACAAAUAUCUCCGGAUCAAUCGCCACAGGAUAUACUGCUGGAUCAGAUGUACGAGGCCGACGAGAAUAUUGUCGGAGCAAUCUGUGGCACUGGAGUCAGCUAUGACAGAUAUGGCCACAUUGGUGAAGCAAUGCCACCUCAGCAACCUUUCAAUUUGGAGACUUACGACACUCUGAAAGACUUGUAUUGGUGGUACUGCAAGCAAGACGCUUACCACAGCUUGAUUAGCACUGACCCUCUCAUCCGAUAUACUGAUUGUCCACCUCGAGCACCUCUGGGCAAGGCCGAUGCUACCUACGGCUCAUUUGAUCACAUCGUUCUACUCCUAGCUCGAAUCGCAGACUUUGCUGUACGAGACAGGAAGAGAAAGCUCAAGGUUGAAANNAAAUCGGGCAUGGGCUCCCCACUUCAUAAUGGGAGACGCACAUCCAAUGCAUCCAACAACCCAUCAGCCACGCCUCCACCAAACAUGUUCUCCUCGCGAGGAGUUUCUCAUUCGCCAUCAAGCACGACCUCGCACGCAUACGACAGCAUAGAUCUAAAUAUUUCCACCGCAAACGCUCUUCAGGAAUGGAACAGUAUCAAAGCAGCCUUGGACUUCGUAGCCAACAGUCUAGGCCCAUAUUUCCAGCCCUUGGACGCCGAGUACCAGCCUCCUAUCAACACACCGUUCGGACCAGCUCUCAUCUACCGCUCGUGGGACGUCAGCGUAAUCUGGGCAAAUUACAACAUGGCCAUGAUAGCAGCCCUCCGCAACCACCCGAACAUGCCCCCAGCCGCUCAUGUCGCCGCGGCUGCGGCGGCCGAGUCAACAAAACCCUACGCCUAUUCCAUCGGCCGUAUUGCAGCAAGUAUUCAAACCCCGCCUGAGGAUCAGCCUCUCGACCCCAAGAUGGGCGCUGCAAUGAUCGAUCUGGUCAUUCCCCAGUUUUUCGCCGGUAUCCAAUAUACGAAUGCCUCUCACCGUGCAUGGCUCGUCGAACGCUACUUUGAAACAGAUCGACGCUGCGGCUGGGCUACCGCCAGUAUCAUUGCCGAAGGAUGUCAGAGCGGCUGGAUCCGCGCAGCAGACGCAGGUCGAGGACCUCCUCACGUACGUGUGAGCAAAGCCACAUUCUCUGAUUUCCGAAUGGGGCGAUAUGGAGACAGUCUAGCAGAAGCCAGCAAACAGAGAUUAUCCGAGUGGGAUGCAGAAAAUGACAGGAAGUUUGUUAGGACAAAAGCUAGCGCACGAGUGCAUUGGGCGAUUGGGCUGAUGGGCACCGAAGAGGAUGUUCCCGAGGAAUCUGAUUAG